CACUCCCCGCUUCUUAUUCAACAUAACAAAACGUAGUUUUUCCGCAUUGCCACACAAGAUCAUGAAAUUAAUUAUAAUAAUAGUAGGAAAAAGAAAAAUAGGUCAGACCACCAUAAAGUUCUGACAGAGCACCAAUCAGAAAUGUGGUUGACAGUAAGACAACCCGGGUAUAAAACGCUGGCGCUGUAAAAAGGACAUCAAUGCACAACCCCAGACACAAGGAGUAGGGGAAGCAAGCGGCUCACGAGGCGAUGAAAUGCUGUCGACGCAGCACUGUGCCUGCCAGUAGAGAGAGAAUCAGUGCGAGUGUCCGCUUCUGAACAGCCCCUGUAAUAGAAAGAUACCGAAGGUAAGUGAGCCAGCCUUAUUAACAGCACCAGAUCAUAGCAGAACACGACUAGUUGUUAGAAUAACUUGGAAUAGGACCACAGAUGAAGAAGAAAUUGAAAUUGAAAAUUUAAAAACGUGCUCACAUCGAGUGUUCCGAAAAAACGCUAACAUUCAGCUAAACGAUCAGGAAACAAGACGUCCAAUGGAUAAACCCGAGUAACACAGUGUUAUGAGACCGGCCUAUAUGAAACUGUAGAACUUGGAGAAAACAAAGAAAAAAAAGGGAAAAAAAACAAACAACGGAAAGAUCUUUGUUCUGCAAAAAUGAAAAUAAUAUAAUAUAGCAAGUUAUUUCAAGGCAAAUGUAGUUCCGGUUCCUGUCGUACGUUUUUAUAUUGUACAUGUAACUGCAGGCCCAAGGAAUCAAGACGGGAAAAAACCCAAACGUUGCUUAAAGAAAAGAAAAUCAACGGCCAAGCACAAACCAAGUCUUACAAUGUCCGAUCCUGUCAACUUGACGUACGUGACAAACGUCACCAUUAACGGGUCAAGCGGUGACACAACAGAAACUGGACAAAAUGACCCUGAAACAACCUUGCAAAUCGUUACUGCGGCAGUAUUAGUAAUUGUCACGGUGGUGGGAAUUUUCGGGAACUCUCUUGUCUUGCUGGUGAUCUUCACGGAGAGUUCCAUGCGCACUGUGGCCAAUAUAUUGUUCUUCAAUCUAGCAUUGUCCGACCUAAUGUUUGUGAUCGUGUGUUGCCCAGUUUUAUUACUGGACCUGUUUGGAGUUCAAUUACCAACAUUUGUCUGCAAAACUGGGUUUUACUUGUUGUAUAGCACGGUUGCGGUCAGCAUAUACUCAAUAGUUGCCAUCUGCUUGUUUCGAUGCCUGGCAACGUCCAAUCCUUUAAAAUCUGCCUCGAUUUUGACGAAGAAGAAUGCAACACUCACUAGUGGCGCAAUCUGGGUUUUUGCGCUUUCUAUCAACAUCCCUUAUGCUGUGUAUUUUAAAUCCUAUGAUGAUGGGGGAUGCACAGACGAUGUCCCAGAAUUUCCGGAGGGGUUUUUCGAAGGGCUGGCCAUCUUCAAGUUUGUUAUGAAUUUUGCCCUACCGUCAUUUGCGAUUGUCGUUUUAUCGGUCCUGAUUGUCGUCGUGAUGCGUCGACAUGACAGGCUGCGCGCAGCAGCACGAAAGAAUGGCAGCUACAGCGAAGGGAGCAUCGCUGAGACGAAGAAAGUCGUUUUUGUCGUAGCUGUAGUGGUUUUGGUGUUUGAAAUUUGUUGGGCACCUAGCAAUAUAUGGAGUCUUCUUCGCAACAUGGGGGUCGAAAUCAAAGCGCCUCCUGAGUUGUUUCGGGUUUUCACGCUUUUGUCAUUCAGUAAUUCUGCAGUAAAUCCCAUAAUUUACAAUUUUGCUUCAGCCGAUUUCAGACGAGAAUUUCGGCGCAUUUUUUAUCGUUGUCUGUGUAAAAAGAAAAUAGGUAAACUCGGCACUGCGGGCAAUACGAAUUUGUAUUCGAGCACCGAUUCGACGUUUGUUAAUAAUGCAGACAAAAGGAAGAGCGACAAUGAGGGCGUUGAAUCGCAUCCUCUUGUUGUUCACAAACAAAAUUCAGACAGUCAAAAAAUUUGAAUAUGGGGGG